GUGACACAAAAAAGAAUCAAAUAUGGUUUUAACCUUUUAUGGAAGUACACACACGAAAGAAAUCGGGGAGAAGGAAGCUUUCAUUGGGCCCAGUGACUGAUGACUUUAGAUUACUACUCAAACUUUUUGGGCUUCACGUGACCAGUCAAAUCUUCUGAAAGCGUUACGAAUGGCACAGAAAUUUCGGUUGGCGCAAAAACCACUGGUCCUCCUUUCUCGUCUCCAUUGUUAAGCUACUAGGGUUUUGAUCUUCUGCAGUGAAGUUCUUGGGCCGCCAUGGAAGAAGUUAGGUCCAGCACCGCUUGGGUUUCUACUCACUCCUCUCAUGUUACCGUUGAUUUCUCAGGCAUUGAGAAGGUUGCUGAAACUAUGAAGAAUACAUUGCCGAAAGUGGAGUGGGAUUUUGAAGGGAUACACUAUUUUGAUAACGGCCCACUCACUGUUCAAUACUUGUUGGUCUUGGAUACAUUGAAUUUUUGUUUCUGGCCAGAUGAGGACCUGAGUUAUGAUCAUCUGGCAUCUGGAUUGAAGGCUACUCUUGAGAGUGACAAAACUGCAUUUGAUGCUGAUCGUCUACAGAAAUAUACAGGUCCUCAGUUAAGGAAAAUGUUGAACUGGCCGAGACCACUGCCUUUGGAGGAUGAACGGGUGCGCUUAUUGCAUGAGGUUGGGCUUGAGCUUGAGAGGAGCUUUGGGGGAAAGGCAUCUAAGCUUGUGGAGUCCUGCGACAAAUCUGCUGCAAAGCUUGUCACUCUCAUCGCUAGCCACUUUCCUGGCUUCCGUGAUCACACGGUGUACAAAGGCCACCAGAUUUUCUUGUAUAAAAGAGCUCAAAUUUUUGCUGCUGAUUUAUGGGGUGCAUUUAAGGGUCAAGGAUAUGGUGAUUUUGAAGACAUAAGCUCAAUAACCAUAUUUGCUGAUUAUAUUGUUCCAGCUGUCCUUCAGCAGCUUGGAGUGCUGAGAUAUAGUUCAUCCGUGGCCAGUAUUAUCAAGAAAAAUACUGAAAUUACCUCAGGCAGUGACGAGGAGGUAGAACUCCGAGCCUGCUCUGUCUAUGCUGUGGAGCAAAUGAAGGACUUGAUCAGUAAAAAGACUGGGAAGCAGGUGUUGAGCGUGGAGCUGGAUCUUUGGUUAUGGGCUUUUGGCAUAAAAUGCCCAUCUCUUCAACACCACAGGACACUCUCUAUCUAUUAUUGACUACAGAAAUUAAGCUGGGUCCAUUGCGGUCUUGCAUUCAAAUGAUUUUUUUGGUGUUCAAGGAAUUUUGACAUUUAUGCAUCUAGGUGUAAGAGUGCAGGAAUUAUACAGGAUUCUUUUCCCUCCUAGUGGUGAAUUCACUUUCUUUAAAGAGCAUGGAGGUUGAAUAUCAGUUAUUUAACCUCUUUCAAUCUCGUUAAAUUUCUGUAAAUUGACCUACAUACAGAUUUUAUUUGCUUUAAUGGUAAAUGUUGGCUGGAAUA